GUGGGCCUGACCGCUCUGCAUUGUUCAGAGUGCUUUGGAACGUUGUGUUGGCCGUUUGGAACGCGGAGCGGUCAAAACAACAAUCAGUUCGAACGUUGGCCCGGGGUGUCUCCUGAGUACAGAGCAGAAUAAUAGGGGCAACUGCAGCUGAACCAAGCAGGUCAAGUCUGAACUUAGACAGGGAAGGGGAAAACAGCCCUCCUGCAUUGCAUGCGUUUGAAGACACUGUAACUUCAUUAAAGAAAGUUUAUGAGUAAGUUGCAGAAGCCAGUGCUAACAGGCCAGCGGUUCAAGACCAGGAAGAGGGAUGAAAAGGAGAAGUUCGAACCAACAGUCUUCAGAGACACAAUCAUUCAAGGUCUCAAUGAGGCUGGGAGUGACCUUGAGGCAGUAUCCAAAUUUCUGGAUGUAACGGGCUCAAGACUAGAUUACCGUCGUUAUGCAGACACACUGUUUGAUAUAUUGAUAGCUGGGAGCAUGUUAGCCCCAGGAGGAACACGUAUUGACGAUGGAGACAAAACCAAGAUGACUGAAUACUGUGUGUUUGGUGCCACUGAAGAUCAGCAAACAAUCCGAAACUAUGCUCAGGUCCUCAAUAAGCUCAUUAGGCGUUACAAGUAUCUGGAAAAAGCAUUUGAAGAUGCAAUUAAAAAGCUAUUGCUAUUCCUGAAAGCAUUUUCAGCUUCAGAACAGACUAAGUUGGCAACACUCACUGGUAUCCUGUUGGCCAAUGGAUCACUUCCAGCCACAAUUUUAACAAGCCUAUUUUCGGAUAAUUUGGUUAAAGAAGGAAUAUCAUCUUCAUUCGCUGUAAAGGUUUUUAAAGCUUGGAUGGCAGAAAAAGAUGCUAAUGCUGUUACCUCAUCCCUCAGAAAAUCCAACUUGGACAAGAGGCUGUUGGAACUCUUCCCGGCAAAUAAACAAAACUUUGAACAUUUUGCCACAUACUUCACUAAUGCAGGUCUGAAAGAACUAUCUGACUUCCUUCGAGUCCAACAAUCACUGGGAACUCGCAAAGAACUGCAAAAAGAACUUAAAGAGAAACUUUCUCAGGAAUGCCCCAUAAAGGAGAUAGUCUUGUAUGUCAAGGAAGAAAUGAAGAGAAAUGAUCUGCCAGAACAGGCUGUGAUUGGACUACUGUGGGCCUGUGUAAUGAAUGCUGUUGAAUGGAACAAGAAAGAGGAGCUAGUCACAGAACAAGCUCUGAAACAUUUAAAGCAAUAUGCACCACUCCUUGCAGUAUUCUGUACCCAAGGUCAGUCAGAGUUGACCCUACUCCAGAAGAUUCAGGAAUAUUGCUAUGACAAUAUCCACUUUAUGAAGGCUUUCCAGAAGAUCAUUGUGCUUUUUUACAAAGCUGAUGUUCUAAGUGAAGAAGCCAUCCUAAAAUGGUACAAGGAAGCACAUGUGGCCAAAGGCAAAAGCAUGUUCCUUGAGCAGAUGAAGAAAUUUGUCGAGUGGCUACAAAAUGCUGAAGAAGAAUCUGAAUCGGGAGAAGGUGAAGAUGAUUAGCAGCGGCUUGACCAAGUUCAACAUGUAGUUUGUAGGGCCUGUUCCCUUACCUGUAUGGUUGCAGUAGAAGAGGUUGUGAUUCCAAAUCAAAUGGAAACUGUAGGAUAGCCUUCCUUUUGUGUAGAAGAACUGAUUUGAAAUAACUGAGCUUUGAAGCAUUACCUGUAUUUUGGGAUUCCAUUCUUGAGGUUAUAACUAUUAAGCAAGCUAUUUAAAAGGAAGCCAUGUAGCCCAAAAUGAAAUAACUAUGGUCUCCUUUUAUUGGUGUUUUUUUUCAAAUUCUCCGGUGCACAUUACACACUGUUUUGUCAACCUUUGUAGUUUAAUAACAGUUUGUGGAUAUGUAAUUUGACACUAGGGAUUUUUUGAAUAAACAUUUUUGUACUUUAAAAAAAAAA